AUGGGAAAAGAAGUUCAGCAGAGGCCCAAGGUAAAUGUCUCUUCUUACAUCCACUUUUUGCUGAAUUACAGAAACAAGUUCAAGGAGCAGCAGCCAAACACCUCCCUUAGCUUUAAAGAAUUCUCUAGAAACUGUUCGGAAAAAUGGAGGUCCAUCUCAAAGCACGAAAAGGCCCAAUAUGAAGCCCUAGCUGAGCUCGACAAAGCCCGAUACCAGGAAGAGAUGAUGAAUUACAGGGGCAAGAAGAAACAGAGAAAGCGGGACCCCAGGGCCCCUAGGCGGCCUCCAUCAUCCUUCCUGAUCUUCUGCCAAGACCACUAUGCCCAGCUGAAGAGGGAGAAUCCAGACUGGUCGGUGGUGGAGGUGACAAAGGCCUCAGCGAAGAUGUGGUCUAUGAAGACAGAGGUCGACAAGCAGCCAUACCAACAAAGAGCAGCUUUCCUGAGAGCUACGUACCAAGAGGAACUGGAAGUCUACCGUGAACAACAGAAAGCCAGGAAGAACCUCCACGGGUUGGCUGAGAACUAG